AUGUUCGUCAUUAGCCGCUUGCACUUCGGCGUGUUCGGAUCGCGAGCAGAAAUUGCAAAUCUGAAGAAACAGUUUGCUCCAGGUGUCACCUACGUCAUCGACAUUGUGUCCGGAGAGAGAACCACGAGAACAGGCCGUCGGGUCCACGUUCGCUCCGCAGUCGUCGGGAUCGUUCACUUGGAAGAAGUGCUCACUAGAAGAAUUUCCGCUCUCCAGAAAACCGGUCGCCUUGUUUUCGACGAGGUGGCAAAUGAUGAAAUAGUUGUCGGAAUUGCGGGAGACAAAGAGGGAGAGCAGACGAAGGUAGCGAUGAUGAUUGCCAACUCGCACACUCCGAAUGAUCCGAAAGGAGUCUUCUACACAUCAAAAACUAUCGGUGACCAAAAAUUUAGAGAUGCACAACGCCUAGUUUUCUAG